GACAGCCGGGAGCACGGGAUAGGGAAGCGCCCUUCCCACCCCCUCCCCGCCGCCAACCCUCUUCCUCCUCCUUCUCCUCCUCCUCCUCCCCCGCCUCCCGGCCGGGAAGAGCUCGCCGUGCCCGUAGCAGCCCCGCUGGAUGCACUGAGCGCUCUGGCGCGGGUAGAGGGGCAGGAGGGAGCCGGGAGCCCCGCCGCCGCGGAGCCGCUGCGCUGCCCGGAGGCUCGCGGCCAUCUGCUUUAAUUCUUUGAUCCGUGUGCCCCCCCCCGCCCGCCGGUGGCUGGCUUUGCCCCUGCCUCCUCCACUCUGCCCGCGGGAGCCAGCCGAGGCGGCGGCGGCGGCGGCGGUGGGGGCUGAGGGUUGUUGUUUUUUUUUUUUUUUUUGCUCCCCCCCCCCCUUUUUUUUUUUCAAUUUUUUUUUUAAAUUGAAUUUUUCUUCGCCGCCAUGGGAUGUACCCUGAGCGCCGAGGAAAGAGCCGCCCUAGAGCGGAGCAAGGCCAUCGAGAAGAACCUGAAGGAGGACGGGAUCAGCGCCGCCAAAGACGUGAAACUCCUCCUGCUCGGAGCCGGAGAGUCGGGGAAAAGCACCAUCGUGAAGCAAAUGAAGAUCAUCCAUGAGGAUGGCUUCUCUGGAGAAGAUGUGAAGCAGUACAAGCCAGUGGUCUACAGUAACACCAUCCAGUCACUGGCAGCGAUUGUGCGGGCCAUGGACACCUUGGGCAUCGAGUACGGGGACAAGGAACGGCGGGCUGAUGCCAAGAUGGUCUGUGAUGUUGUAAGUCGGAUGGAGGACACAGAGCCCUUCUCUCCAGAGCUGCUGUCAGCUAUGAUGAGGCUCUGGGCAGACUCUGGGAUCCAGGAAUGCUUCAAUCGAUCCCGGGAAUAUCAACUCAAUGACUCGGCCCAAUACUACCUAGACAGCUUAGAUCGAAUUGGAGCUGCAGACUACCAGCCCACGGAGCAGGAUAUCCUCCGAACCAGAGUCAAAACAACUGGCAUUGUAGAAACCCACUUCACAUUCAAAAACCUCCACUUCAGGCUCUUUGAUGUCGGGGGCCAGCGGUCAGAACGUAAGAAGUGGAUCCACUGCUUUGAGGAUGUCACAGCCAUCAUUUUCUGUGUUGCCCUGAGUGGUUACGACCAGGUGCUCCAUGAAGAUGAAACCACGAACCGCAUGCACGAAUCACUGAAGCUUUUUGACAGCAUCUGCAACAACAAAUGGUUCACAGAUACCUCUAUCAUCCUCUUUCUAAACAAGAAGGACAUAUUUGAGGAGAAAAUUAAGAAAUCUCCACUGAGUAUCUGCUUUCCUGAGUACACAGGCCCCAGCUCUUUCACGGAGGCCGUGGCUUACAUCCAGGCUCAGUAUGAAAGCAAGAACAAGUCCACCAACAAGGAGAUCUACACCCACAUCACCUGUGCCACCGACACCAACAACAUCCAGUUCGUCUUCGACGCCGUCACGGACGUCAUCAUCGCCAACAACCUGCGGGGCUGCGGACUCUACUGAAGCCCCCUCCUCCCCUCCUGCCCGCCAGGAGCAUCCUCCGGUCCCACGGACAGGUCCCCUCUCUUCUUUUUCAUCCUCACAAGGCGGUGAGGAAGAAACACCUCCAUCCCUCCUCCUCCCCCCCCUAAAAAACCCGGCAGCAAGUUCUGCUAUCCGCCCGUCCCCAACCCCCCAACUCUCUUUGGGUUUUAUUUCGGUUGUUUUUAGGGGGGUUGUCCCCUUGCUGCCUCGUUCCCCUCCUCCAGUCCAGCUCACAGUGCUGCAGGGGGAGUUGAGGCUUUUCCCACCAAGUGCAUUUCAGCUGCCAAAAGACAAAAAUACUUCAGUUUAUUUAAAAAAAAAAAAAGGGAAAACUGAAAGCCUUACAGUACCGGUUAGCAAAGGCAUAGUGUGAAACCCAAGCCUUUUUUUUUUUUUUUUUUUUUGACUUGAAAUUAAGGGAUAUUUUUAAUUCUCUUUUUGUUAAAAAUCAAUAUUUCUUUGGGAAGUGCUAGGGACAGCAAGAUCAUGUUGAGGGUAGCUGCUGGCUCCAGUUCCUACCCCAAAGCUGGAGGGGUUGGUGUUAAACACCACGGCCUGAAUUUGUAUAUUCCCUUUUUUUUUCCAGACAGCUUUUGAAACAUGUACAACAGCCAUACUGAGUUCUGCUGGUGCCCAAGAUGGACACAGUAACAAACCCUACUAAGCCUUGUCUAAAAGCAUUGGUUAUCAGUAGCAGCUUUUACCUCAAGUGCUUUGAAUAUUAAUGUUCAAAUUUAUCCAGUGGUUUCAGGCUUAGGCACUGGGCUGAAGGCUGUGGAGCUGCUGGCCUGAGUGGAGUGUGGCUUGCACCCUGGCACUGAAGGUGCCCUGGGGAUGCUGUCCCCACAGGGACCCUGCACAAAGCAUCCUGUCAAGGACAGGGACUCUGCCACCUUUCCCAAAACACCUCCCAGCCCAAGGGAUCUCAGCACCACUGAUGCUCCUGUGAACACUCAGUGCCUCUGGGGUGCCCCAGAAACCUUUAGUCUUGGCUUCUUGAAGGCAAAGUUUGACCUUCAAGUACCUGAAAUGCAGAGAGGUGCUUUGGGACACCUCACCAUGCUCAGGUGACACCACAGAAGACAGGAGCCUCCUGGCUCUUUGGCAAACCCCAGGCAUCUAAACACCCUGGAGGAGACAAACCUUGUACUCUGUGCCUUCCUGGCUGAGUAAAAGCAGGUAGCUCAUCAUCUCCUGCCUGGGCAUCCAGGUUUGGCAUCUCUGGUUGGAGCACCUCUUGACCACCAUCUAAUGUAUUGUACUGGUUUGUACUGGCACAUGGUGGCAAGGGAAGGCUCAGGGAGCUGAUUUGAGCCAAGUGAUGGAGUGGGAAGGAAAAGUGCAAGGAAGAGAGGGACAGAAGGAAGGAAGAGCAGGGGGAGAAGUGUGGGAAGGGCAGGGGCAGCACCCAGCACAGCAGAAUGUGGGAGUCCAGGGGCGGGGAUAAAACAUGCCUGGGGUGGGGUACAUGUGGCCAUCCACCUGCUGUCACCCAGAACUCUGGGUUCAAAAAGGCCAGUGUGAGAAGUGGGGUGUCAUGGACAUGGAGGGACCCUUAGAAGUCCACCCCAAAAGCUUGUUUGGUGUCCAGGUGAGACAGCCAGCUCUGAGAUACCAGUUGGAUCCUACCUGUGCCUGGAGGCAGGUGGAAAAUUUUGAUCCCUGCCUCUUCUCCAUCAUCCUGGAAAGCAUCUUCCCAGGCUGUCCUCUCUUGGGAGCCCAAGCUAGAGGUGUCUUUCAGGUCUCAGGAGGACAGAGUUUUCUCCAGUGGCAUGCCUGAGGGGGACAACACCUCUUUCCUGCUGUGCCCAUCUAGGAGAGAUGAUGGGAGGGCAGCCCAAAGGCCAAGAGAGCAUUGGUGUGUGGGAGACAGGGAUAGGAACCUGGAUGGUGGCAUUGGAACAGAGAGGACCACAAGGAGAGAUUUUGGGGGUUAUUUGAGAGAGAAGUUGCAGAAGAGAGAUGAGGAUGAGGCAGGUCAUGGCAGCAGGAAUAUGGGAAGAGAAGGGCCAGAGGACAGUCCCUACCAGAGGUUGUGCUCUGAUGGGACAGUGUUCACAGGACAAAACCCCAGCUAGGGGCAUGACUGGGGACACCCUGGGGAGGAGGCCAAGGUGGCUCUCAGCCAUCCAGCCAGCUCACAGUGUGGUUGGCAGCUGUGUCAGUCACCCCCUCAACAGCAUUAAAUGGUAAAACUCUACUUAGUGUAGUGCAGUGAGGAUCCCUUGCUGCUCUGCUGGACACUAACAGCAAUAACACCAGGGCUCUGCUCCCCUGCUCUACCACACAUGAUCAUCCCCUGGCUUUGCCUUCACCAUCUCAGCCUUAAAAUACCUCCAGAGGCAUCAGCUCCAGAGAGAGCUGGCCAGCCAGGAAACCCCCUGGGAUCCAGCUGGGAUCCCCUUCUCUGCUCCUCAUGUCCCAUCCCACCCACAGGUCUCAUUUUCCCAGGUCCCAGCCCCUCUCCCAGCUCCAUUCAGUGCAGGCUUACUCUGCUGCCUGACUGCAAACCACAAGGACUGUGGCUGUCAUUGUAUUUAUUUUAGCUGAAGGUUUCCAGAUUCCAGGGGAAGAUGUUCCAAAGAAAGAAAGGAUGCCCAAGGGGAAGCCCCUGCUGGAAGGGAGCAACUGGUGGCAAUGGGACAGCACUUCUGCUGCAGGAGGGGCAGGGAAUGAGCUGGAGGGGUGCAGAGAGACUUCUGGAGCUUGUCCUGGCAUCCAAGCACUCUGUGGGUGUCAGAAUAAAGUCCAGGAAACUGGAGGUUACAUCUGGUAUGUAAAGGGUGUGUAGCUGUGAGACCCCAGGAGAGUUUGGGUAGCAGCACUAGAGGUUUGGAGAUCUCCUGUUCCCACCCCUUGCUGUGGGUGACAAAUAAGGAACAGAAGCUGUUCCCAGGGCCAAGCUGAGGCUUCAGGACCCCAGCAGUGUAGAGCAUGCCAGAGUAUUUUGAUGAGGACAAUUUAAAUGAGCUUAACCCCAAACUAACCAAACACAGCCAGGUGCUGGGUGCUGUCUGGUUGCCCUCAUGCCAUGCUCCUGGCUUGGUCCAGGUAACCUGUGUCCAGCUGGGAUGUCCAACCCCCCCUGCCCCAGCCCCUCUGCAGCUCCCUGGAGGUCAGUGAUGACCACGGGGUGAUGCUCCUCAGGGAGACAAAGGAGAAUAAGAGGAGGAAAUGUUAACACCCAGAGCCAUUCCCAGUCUGGCAUUCCCUUUGGCACACUGAAUGUCUAAAGCUUCACUUUGGCUGCUGCUGCUGUGCCACAAGUGCCCUGAGGAUUUGCUGGCCAAGGAUGGAAGCAGCAUUUGGAAGACAAAGUGCUUAAACACUAAUGAUGCUUCUGCCUGGUGGACACGGGGAGAUUUUUUGGCUCCAAAACUCCUGCCAAAGCAUUACUCACUGCUGCCUACCUGCAUCCUCCCAGGUCAUCUCUGACACUUGUGCCUUCUGCAGGCAGCCUCUUGCCCUGGGCCUUUUCUCAACACCAGCAAGCACUGCAGCUGCAGGGCCACCCAGCCUUCCUGCAGUGGCCAGGCUUGGUGGGAGGACCAGCAGCAAAGACACAGCAGGAAAGCAGCCUUCAGACACCCCAGAGGCCAGGUUUUUCCUUUAACAAGUAGAGCUGAGACUUGUGUUGGUAGGUAAGGCCAGAGAAGCCUGGCAGAGCAGGGCAGUGAGAUGCUCACAGUGCCCCUGCCCUCCUGCCAAAUGUGGCCAGGUCCAGCCAAGGGUCAGCCACAUCCACUCUCCUGAGAAAACUCCCAACUCAGUCUUAGGAGUUUUGCAGGAGAAUUAGCUUCUUGCUAAUUGCUUCUUAGCCAGCUUUCCUGGGUGGCCAGCCAGCCCAGCCCCCUGGGGAGGGGGGAGCAUCCUCAGAAGGAAGCUGCUCUGCCUCCUCUGUAGAUGUGAUUUUUGUUUUCCAGGCCACUAAAAGUAUUAAUGAGAGCAGCCUACACUGUCAUGGACAUUGCAAUUUAUCUGGUGGGCUUAAUCUGUUGUGGCAGGAGCCCAGUGCUUGCCUGCAAGGGGUCACAGGCUUUGCUCUCAGGCCGGGAAGGCGGUCACCAGAGGGUCAGGAUGGGACACAGAAAAUGUCCUUUUGCCAGAACUUUCCCCCCUGAGCCUGGUGCCUGCUGUGUGAGGCAUGGGGCAGCCCCUGGCUGUGCAGCUGCAGGGGCAGAGCUCACCCCUGGGGCUUGUGCAAAGGAACCAGCCCUGCACCAGCAGCCUCUGUGAUGCCUCCCAGCAUUUCAUGGCCAAAACAUCUCUGGGAGCCAGGGAGAGUUGUUGAGUUCCUAGGAACAAGGCUGACUGUUUGGGAAGUCAAUUAGAGAAACUUAGUCCUAGUGUGUUUGUGUCUUUGUCAUGGGCCAGGUUUUGUCUUCAGGCUUACAACUAAAAACUCCCACAACCAUUUCCCAGGAGACUGAAACCCUCAUCACUGCUCUGAUGUGUCAGGGUCAGUAGAAUUGGUGCUGAUGAGCAUCAUCCAAACCCACCACACACUUUCAUCCCCCCUGCAUGCCCAGGGCAGCAGAGAUGUGGUCUGGGCAGCACAACAGAAUGGACCAUGGCCUUGCCUCUGCCUCCCAAAGGGAAGAGCAGCACCCAGGACUUGGGAGUCCUUUAUCAUUUCUGAGGUGCUGCCAUAACACAAUCGAUACUGACAGAUGGAGUUAUCUGACCUCUAGAAGACAUUUCACUGAGAACAUGGCUAUGGAAAGGGUCUUCUCCCAGGACCACUGAUGUCUGACCCAGCAGCCUGUGAGAUCUUUGUCUGUGCCAGGGAACCCCAGUGAGCACAACACUUAAAUGUUGCUGUGUUAAUGAGAGGAGGAGGACCAAAGCCUCCCAGGGAGAGAAAAAGGGAAGGAGUUGGAUUGGAGAUAGGACAAAACCAUCUCCAUCUCCUGGAAAGGACAGCUUGGUUCCUCACAGGCCCCAGGUUCAGCAGGGGUGGGGAGGAGAAACCCGGGGAGGAGGUGGAGGGCUGGAAGCCAGCCCCACGCUCACUGCCCCUCUCCCACCCAGCAUCUUGGAAAUCACACAUGGAGGCUAAAUCCUGACCAUCCUGUAGUGCAGGCAAGCAGCUCCAUGUCUGAACCCCCUUCUCCAGCAGGGGAGAGGAGAUGGUAGUGGGUCACAACACUAUUUCCACCAUUGCCUGGGGCUCAGCAGCUUCUUCUGUGCUGGAGCAACCCAGUGGUGCUUGGCAAGCAAACAGGUUUUUUUUCCAACACCAGCCAUUGCCCCUUGACGUUGCCCAGUCCCUAAUUUAACCCCCUCAUCCCUCUUCCCUCACCUCCCUUCCUCUCCUUUAGCUUGACAAAGGAAUGGUGCCCAUCACCCUGCCUCUGGGCUCCCCACCACAUCUCUUCCCGCAGGAUCGCCGGAGGCUGCCACAAUUUUCCUUUUGCUGGUUUCCCACUAAAUUGUUUCUCCUGCAUGUUUGAUGGCCCAAACUGUAUUAACUGUAAUUUUGUAUGAAGAGUGACUGUCCGUUGGUUUAAUAGAGCAUUAGUUAUUGUAAUAAUUUAUUGGCUCUGUAAUGUAUUUAUUAGUUACAAAAUGUUAAUAAAGUGCCAGCUCUUUUCUAGUGUAA